UCCCUCUUCACUUUGAGCAAUAAUGGCAGCAAUUAUCACCGUUGACUUUCAGAACUGCUUCAUCUUUAUCCUCCUAUGCCUCUUCUCACUCUUUUGUUACUCUCUCUUCUUCAAGAAACCAAAGAACUCGCGAAGCUGUGAUCUGCCUCCGACCCCUCCUUCUCUUCCAAUCAUUGGUCAUCUUCACCUUCUCCUCUCUGCACUAGCCCACAAGUCUCUUCAGAAACUCUCCUCCAAGUAUGGACCUCUUCUCCAUCUACGGAUCUUUCACGUCCCCAUUAUCCUCGUCUCUUCAGCCUCAGUGGCCUGCGAGAUCUUUAAGACCCAUGACGUGAGCGUUUCCUCUCGCGGUGUUGCUGCGAUCGAUGAGUCCCUCGUCUUUGGUUCUUCUGGGAUCAUCAACGCUCCCUAUGGAGAUUACUGGAAGUUCAUGAAGAAGCUCAUCGCCACUAAGCUUCUCCGACCACAAUCGAUUGAGAGGUCACGAGGUAUUCGUGGUGAAGAGGUGAUGCGAUUUUACAACAGCCUUCUCGAUAAGGCGAGGGUGAACGAGAGCGUUGAGAUCAGUAAGGAAGCAAUGAAGCUUGUGAACAACACCUUGUGCAGGAUGAGCAUGGGAAGGAGUUUUUCAGAGGAGAACGGCGAGGCAGAGAAAGUCAGGGGAUUGGUGGAUGAAUCUUAUGCCUUGACCAAGAAGAUGUUCUUGGUUACUUUAUUGCGCAGACCGCUCAAGAUGUUUCGGAUCCCAUUGUUCGUGAAGGAGAUAAUGGGAGUUUCCGACAAAUUCGAUGAGUUGCUCGAGAGAAUUCUUGUGGAACACAAAGAGAAACUGCAAGAGGGCUAUCAAGGUACAGACAUGAUGGAUGUCUUAUUGGCAGCUUAUGGAGACGAAAACGCAGAGUAUAAGAUCACUAGGAAUCAUAUCAAGUCGUUUUUUGUGGAGCUUUUCGUUGGAGGCACUGAUACCUCAGUGCAAACUACACAAUGGACAAUGGCAGAGAUCAUUAAUAACUCUAACGUUCUUGAGAGAAUAAGGGAAGAAAUUGAUUUCGUUGUAGGGAAAACAAGGUUGAUUCAAGAAACUGAUCUACCGAACCUCCCUUACUUGCAAGCGGUAGUAAAAGAAGGGCUAAGAUUGCAUCCGCCUGGGCCUCUCUUGGUAAGGACGUUCCAAGAAAGAUGCGAGAUCAAAGGUUUCUACAUACCGGAGAAGACAACACUUAUUGUUAACGCUUAUGCUGUGAUGAGAGAUCCUAGUUCUUGGGAAGAUCCUGACGAGUUUAAGCCGGAGAGGUUUUUAAGUUCUUUAAGUGGGCAAGAAGGCGAGAAAGAGCAAGGUUUUAAGUACCUUCCUUUUGGCGGCGGAAGGAGAGGAUGUCCUGGAAGUAAUCUAGCUUAUAUAUUUGUAGGAACCGCAAUUGGAGUGAUGGUGCAGUGCUUUGACUGGAAAAUCGAAGGAGAUAAGGUCGACAUGGAAGAGACAUUUGAAGGAAUGAACCUAAGCAUGGUUCAUCCGCUUAAGUGCAUGCCAGUUCCUCGAACCCUACCUUUUCCUUAAAUUUACUUCUAAGAUUCACAGUUCGGGACACUCUGGUUGAGAACAUGUAAUAAGUUUGCUUCUUCGAUUCCAUACAUGUUCAAAGACGUUCCAUUACAUUUUCAGUCUUUUAUGUUUGUUAUAUUGGAAAUUUCGAUAUUGUAUAUGCAAGAAAGCCGAAGCAUUGUAUUUAGCUUA